CCUUAGAUCGCAGCCAUGUCUUCCAAGCAAGGUGGAAUAGCAAAGCCCUUGGAGGCACCCGAGGCCGAGAAGAAGGAGUACGACGAGUCCGAUUUGGCCAAUCUUCAGAAGGAAAAAAAUGAGGAAAAGGCACUGAAGGAGCUGGGGAGGGUUUAGGGAUGAAGGUGGUGAUGGUGGGACGAUGGGA